CUCUCUGUCAGAUGGUCUGUUGUUCCAGCUGAGAAGCAGCUUUUUAGCCUUAGAUUUCCAGUUUAAUAAAUUUUUUGACAACUGUGUGAUUUUAUCUUCAUCCACGUCUCUUUUAGCCUGAUGAUUUUUCCUCCCUGUUGAGUUCAGUUCUCUCUAUCAACGUACAUUGAACUCUUGUCUGAAUCAACGUCAGUAACAGUUUCUGUUACUGGUCAUGGAUGAUUUUGUUUGUAACAAACUAACUGAAUGGGGUCUGAGCAAGUGGAUCGACAGAUUCAAAGAUGAAGAGGUCGAUGAGGAAAAUUUCUAUUAUCUUGAUCAAGAGCUUGAACACUUGAUCCCGAAGGCUGGGCCAAGAGCAAAAUUUAAGGAGAGACUCAAACUAUUGAAGGGAAAACAAAACACAACUCAAGAAAGAAAUGAUGUUUCUGCUCAAGAGCCUGAAAAAGAAGCCGAGUUGCAUGAGGAGAGUGAAGAAGAAGCUGAGUUGUAUGAGGUUUUGCCAUCUACAAGUGCCACAGCAAAGAGACCUGUGGACAUUCAAGGCGAAUCAAGCAGGUGGGAAUCACCAGCUAAACGACAACGUGACUCAUAUUCAGAAGAAAACAUACUGUCUGAAGUGAAAAAAGCGAUGAGCUAUGUCCAUUCAAGACUACACAAACAAGACAACACAAAGCUGAAUGCUUUCCUGAAGACAAAAAUUAGUGACUUGGAGACAAACAAGAGGGAGCUGGUCGGUGUCUUUGGUAAAAGUGGGGCUGGAAAGAGCUCUUUGAUAAAUGCCAUCAUUGGAGAGAAGGAUCUUCUGCAAACAGGACGCAUCAGUGAAUGUACCACGGUCAUGAUUAAAGUCGAGGCCAACAUGCACAACUCAAAGUAUGAGGCAGACAUUGAGUUCAUUACAAAAGAGGAGUGGAAAGAGGAACUAUGGUUGUUGGAUCAGUUGCAUGGGGAUUGUACAUCUCAAGAAAUGGAUGAUGAUGGUGGUGCUGCUGGUGGUGAUGAUGAUGAUGACGAUGAUGACGAUGAUGAUGACGAUGAUGACGAUGACAGUUAUGACCUUGAAGAAAAGCUGUCUGCGUUGUAUGGAGAAGAAUAUAAAAACAAAACCUCUGAAGAACUCAUGGACAAGAAAUACUUCAAAGAAAUUCCAGAGUUUCUCCAUUCCAGCAGGAAGACGUUCACAUGUCAAUCAUCUAAAGAGCUAUCUGCAAAGUUGGUCAAAUAUACAAGAAAUGACUUAAAGCAAAGAGAAGGCACAGAAGAAAGGAGGUUGUAUUGGCCACUGGUAAAGUGUGUGACUGUCAAGGUGCCACAUAAUGAGUUUCUCCAACAUGUCACACUUGUGGACCUUUCUGUAAAUGGAGACUGCAACGAGAGCAGAGACGAAAUGUGGAAAGAGAUUGUUGGAAAGUGCUCCACUGUGUGGAUUGUGACUGAUAUUACACGAGCAGCAUCAGAAAAAGAAACCUGGAAGAUUCUGAAAAAUGCCAGUAGCAUCAUGGGAAAUGGAGGAGAGUGUCAACACAUUCACUUCAUCUGCACCAAGUCUGAUCAGAUUCAUUAUUCAGAUUAUUCAGCAGCUGACGUUCGUGCUCUUAUAUUGAGGAGGAACGAGGAAGCCAAAGAAAAAGUGAUGAGUGAAUUCAACAAGCAAAACAAGAUUAAGAAACACUUCAGAGACAACUGCUUUGAAGUGUUCACAGUGAGCUCCAGUGAGUUUCAAGACGGAGAAUAUCUAACGCCAGUAGAGACUGAAAUACCAAAACUUCAGGAGUUUUUGCAAAAUCUCAAUGACUGCCACUCAGAGACUUUAAACUAUGUGUCUGGAGCUUAUGGGAUUCUCUCCUUGAUUCAAGGAGCCCGCUGUAGAGAAGGGGCUAGCAGAACAGAUGUGUGUGCAAACCUUGAAGGAAACAUGAGCCAUCACCUUGACCAAGUCAGAAUAAAUAUGGAAGAAACUAACAGGGCUUUUGAAAAAUGCCUCAGUGAAGGUGUUGAAAAAUCCAAAAGUUCUUGUGAAAGACAACUGAAGUCCUUCUUAACUUCUAGAAAAGUCAGCCAUAGUUUCCACAGGACACUGAAAUGUGUAGUUCAGAACAAUGGCAUCUACAAACCAAAGGAAAAGACACCAAUAAAUCUCAACAUGAAGUUGUCUUCACACCUGACUGACAGCAUUGAUGAGAAAUUCAAGAAAACCUUUCCAAAUGACAGAAAAUGUGAACCAUUCAACGGAGUCAUCAGUAGGUUCACACUCAACACAGGCGAUCUGAUUCAGAGGUACAAAGAUGUGGAGCUGCAGCUGAUAUUUCUGCAGACAGAGGAAGAUAAAUUGAAGGCAAAGCUAAAAUCAGUCAUUCGGAACAAGAAGAAAACCAUCUACAGCAGCCUGACGGAUACGAUUGAGACGACCAUGAAAGAGUGCUAUGAAAGAGCAGCUUGUUUCAGUGGCGAGGGCACACUGAAAAACAUAAAGGAGACCAUAGAGAACCAUGUACACCAUUCAAAGAACAUCAUGUUGGAGCUGGCAAAAAAUGUUAUGUUGAACCAGCUGAAGCAGCUGGAGGAAUACAUUUUGAAGACACUGGAGACAACUAUGAGGGAAUCAAUUGACCUCUCGCUGAAGACAGAUGACCACUCAAUCCCAGAUGUUUCAGAUGAACUAGAAAUGGUGAAGAAACGCUAUAAUGAACUGAGAGCCAUGAAGAAAACUGAUUAGGUCUGAUUCCUGUGCUGUUCAUGAGGACAAACAGCAGAGGCUUGGUCACUCACGAACAUCCGUAAGGUUAUGAUGAUCAAAGACACGACGCCUCUAUAUUAGGUCUCAGUCAUUUUGUCAUGUUUUGUCCAUGUUUCAGGUGUUGUCCUGAGGUGUGGUUUGAUUGUGAAUUUCAUUUCAUCAACUUUUGUAUCGUAUUUUGUAUGACUUUUACACAGAUUUUUUCUACAUUGCAUGGAUUUGAGUUUAAUGUGGGUUCAGUGGGACGGGGGGUGCUGCAAUUCCUAACUCACAUUGGUUACCAGCAAAACUGAUCCAAAUCCUCUCAACCGCAAUCAGUUAACAACUUCACCAAACGACCUGUGGUAACAGAGAGAAGGAGGCUGCACAUUUUGCUGGUGAAUUUUAUUGUUGUCAGACCUUUACCUGCUAUGCAAAACCAUUACCUUACAUUAUCGCACAACACACUGUGAAGUACUAUUUGUUGACAGUGCUGAUAUAUAUAGGUGAUUGUGUUUAUGAUGUUAAAAAAAAUUUAAAAAAGAAGCGGUUAGUCAGCCUGCCUGAUUUGCAAAGACAGGCUGUUUCACAGUUUGAGGGAAGCGACUGAAAAGACAUGGUCACCUCUCAACUUUUUCUUUGAUUUUGUAGACAAUCAAGUAAUAUAGUGAAAUAAUUGUGGUGCACUUAAUUUUGCGAGGAAAUGUCAUUUUGUAUGUUAUCUGUAUGUUAUCUUUUUAGCCUUAGGUCUUCAACGGGGGGUCCACAAAUAUAAAUUUCUUUGCAUACACAUUAACUUGAAUCCAAUAUAUUUUAGUAAAGGGAUAAAUGGAGGCAGAAGACGUCAUCUUUUUAGUCAGCACUUCACGCAU